CAGCAAAAACCCUACUUCGCUUGUAACUUGUAAGGGAAAAAUACGGUGGAGAGUCCCCGGCGGCCGUCCUGCUUCUUCCCUUGCUACCGGUUUGGUGCUUGGCGUACCAGACGAUCAUCCACACAAGCAUGCCCAUCCAUCCAUCCAUCCACGAGGUAGGCCCUUCCCUGUCCCUCUCUCUCGAACACCACCAGGCCAACAUCAUUCCCUUGUAAGAAAACACCAUGGCACUGCCGCCGCCGCUGCUGCUGCUGCUUAGAAAACUCAAACCCAUUCUCGCCCACUCGCUCCACUUGUCGACAACCUCAUCAUCCCACGCCGUUCCUCCCCCGGAGACCGCCCAUUUCAUGGUCCGAUACCUCAUCUCCUCCAUCGGCCUCUCCCCCGAGGAAGCCCUCAAGGCCUCCGGCACCCUCCCCGCCAGCCUCCAGUCCCCCAAGAACCCGGACUCCGUCCUCCGCUUCCUCAAGGAGGCCGGCCUCACCCCCGCCCACAUCAAGACCCUCAUCUCGUGGCACCCGCGCCUCCUGUGCGCCAGCGUCCGGAAGACCCUCGCCCCCCGCGCCAGCGAGCUCGAGUCCGACGGCUUCGCCGGCCAGAUGCUCGUCCAGCUGCUCCGCUCCAACCCCUACGCCCUCUCCCUCAACGGCGUCCUCCCCCGCCUCCGCUUCUGGCGCGCCUUCCUCGGCGGCGACGAGCGCAACCUCCUCCGCGCCUUGAAGCGCAACCGCACCCUCAUCAACUACGACAUCGACAGGAAGAUCACCCCGAACAUCACCCUUCUCCGAAGCUACGGCUUGUCCAACGAGGACAUCGCCACCGUGAUCAUGCGGGUCAACGGCUUCAUCCUCCGGAACCCCGAUUCGAUGAAGGCGCUCAUCGAGCAGACGGAGGAAUUGGGGUUCCCCCGCGGCUCGGGCAUGUUCGUGCAGGGCCUCUCGGUGGUGGCCAUGCUUAAAAGAGAGACCCUGGAGGAGAAGAUGGAGCUCUUCAGGAGUUUCGGGUGGUCGGAGGCGGAUGUGCUCGCCGCGGUCAAGAAGAACCCCAACAUCCUCACGCUCUCGGGGCAGAACGUGCGGCUCAAGAUGAAGUUUCUGGAGGGGCAGGUGGGCUGCCUCCAGUCCUACAUCAAGCUCCGCCCCUCGCUGCUGGCCUACAGCUUGGAGAAGCGCUUGCAGCCGCGACACGCUCUUCUCCAGACCCUCAAGUCCGAGAAGCUCAUCAAAAAGGAUCUCGAUUUCAACGCGGUCGUCGCACUCUCCGAGAAGCGCUUUGUGGACAAGUUUAUUCUCAGGCACAAGGAACAAGUGCCCAAUCUCCAUCAAACUUACACGGAUGCUUGUGCCGGCAGGAUUCCCGUUUGAGAACCGCAAGCUAAGCCAUGGACGAGGAUCGCAUUCUGAUGUGCUGCUAACGAUGGCUCCCUUUUCUGAAACCAAAUACCGGUUUUUCUUUUUUUCCUUUUCUUUUCUUUUUUGAACUUCUCCUCCCUCCUGUUUUCUUGAACCCGUGAAUAUCAUCAGUUCAUCGCUUGAACUUUCUUAUUUUUGUUCAUUUGACAAAUUUCUCUUUUCCGGUUUCUGCAAAAUAAGUGCAGCAUUCCUGCUCUCAUGGUUCUGAUUCAAGUUUGCGAGGAAUCUAGUUGUGAUUGAGAGUGGAGCCACCUGAUAUUGUUGCUGGGAAACUGAAUUCACUCGAGAAUGCCCGACUUGGACAUUGCAAUUCGGUUAAUUGGUGCUGCAACAUAUGAUCGAUUUUAUGGCCGGAGCUGGUUUGUCUCUGCAAGCUGCUACGACCUGGUGAUGCGGAGGAACUCCUGGAUUCUGAUGUGAUGGCUUGUGAAGCGGCUUACAUGAUGCAGGAUGGUUCCUGCCUUCUUAUUAUCGAACUCGGCUUCUUGCUUGCCGCCAUGUGUCAGCUAGCGGGAUUGCAAAAAUCAUUCGAGCUUCCCCGUUGGAGAACUCCCGAGCAAGAAUCGAAGUUCCGAGUACUACGGACUUGAGAUGGUUCGGUUUGGGAUUGUAUCGCUGCAUUUGUUGCGAGAACUUCUCCUCUCUGUGUUCCGAAAUGGUUGAAAAAUGCCGACCUGUCUGACGAUACUACUGAGCUAUUUGGCGUGCUCUGUCAUUUGUUCCCGUUGCGGUGAUGUCUCUUGCUGCAGAUAAGUUGGUCGAGAGUUUGAUGAUCUCAUUUCUCUUGUGAGAUAAAACAUUGUAUUUGUUAUAACGUCUGAGUAUCAUUUCAUUCCCUUAUGCCGCCUUGUUAGCUGUAUGUUGAGGUUCUUGCCUUAAGGAUAAAAUGAUUUAAUUGUAACUAACGAAUUUCUGCA